AUGCGGCGCCUAGACGGCGUUACAUCCGGUUACGGUUGGGCCAGGAUUGUAGAAGUAGGAGGACACAGCUUGUCCGACCCGGUUAAAUAGUAGCUCAAUUGUACCGGGAUGAGCUCCAAGUCUUCAAUGUAGAUCCCCAUCAGUCGGCAAUUCGUUGCAGCACGGGAAAAGUGCAUGGUGGACGAUGCCUGAUGCCAAGCGGGAGUGACAGCUCAGGCUCCGCGAAGCCGAUGGCCAGUCAAUGGGCCUUCCCCGCGCGGCUUCCCCUCAUUUCCUGCAAGUCUUUGGUCACAUCACCCACGGCUACUAGUACUAUCGUUCUUCAACCCUAUGGAGGUGAAUUCCGGUCACCGGAGUCAUCCUUUCUUUAUGCCAAGUUUAGACUCGUGGAUAAUUGGCAUGUUGUGUUCCCGCCAUCCCUUGCGCGACGGUGACCUCCCCGCAUUUGGAACGAUCAAUCUCUCUCCUGAUUGAAUCAUGAAUCAGGAGUUCUCUCCAUAUAGCUUUCGAAACAAUAACCCGCCGUCCUGCCGUCCUUCCUAGCCUGCCCUUCUGUCACA